CCCUGCGGGCCGCCGUCUCCGUGCCCGGCAUUCGGCCGCUGUUCGGCUGCGCGGCGGCAGCUCCCGGCGGCUCCUGGCGGCGCCGCAGUCGGACCUUCGGGCGCCUGCUGGCCGGCGGCAGCGGCGAUGGCCCCCUGAGCAGGCAGGGAGCAGGUGGCGGCAGGCGGGCAAGCGGGCGGGUGCCGCAGCCCAGGCCCGGGUCGCGCCUCUUUGUUUCCACGGGUAGCGGCGCAGUCCCGGGCCCCGGGCGGAAGUGAGACGCGCUCGGCGCGGGGGCCGCGGCGGCCGCACCAUGAGCGACAUCCGCCACUCGCUGCUGCGCCGCGAUGCGCUGAGCGCCGCCAAGGAGGUGUUGUACCACCUGGACAUCUACUUCAGCAGCCAGCUGCAGAGCGCGCCGCUGCCCAUCGUGGACAAGGGCCCCGUGGAGCUGCUGGAGGAGUUCGUGUUCCAGGUGCCCAAGGAGCGCAGCGCGCAGCCCAAGAGACUGAAUUCCCUUCAGGAGCUUCAACUUCUUGAAAUCAUGUGCAAUUAUUUCCAGGAGCAAACCAAGGACUCUGUUCGGCAGAUUAUUUUUUCAUCCCUUUUCAGCCCUCAAGGGAACAAAGCCGAUGACAGCCGGAUGAGCUUGUUGGGAAAACUGGUCUCCAUGGCGGUGGCUGUGUGUCGAAUCCCGGUGUUGGAGUGUGCUGCCUCCUGGCUUCAGCGGACGCCCGUGGUUUACUGUGUGAGGUUAGCCAAGGCCCUUGUAGAUGACUACUGCUGUUUGGUGCCGGGAUCCAUUCAGACGCUGAAGCAGAUAUUCAGUGCCAGCCCGAGAUUCUGCUGCCAGUUCAUCACCUCCGUUACCGCGCUCUAUGACCUGUCCUCAGAUGACCUCAUUCCACCUAUGGACUUGCUUGAAAUGAUUGUCACCUGGAUUUUUGAGGACCCAAGGUUGAUUCUCAUCACUUUUUUAAAUACUCCGAUUGCGGCCAAUCUGCCAAUAGGAUUCUUAGAGCUCACCCCGCUCGUUGGAUUGAUCCGCUGGUGCGUGAAGGCACCCCUGGCUUAUAAAAGGAAAAAGAAGCCCCCCUUAUCCAAUGGCCAUGUCAGCAACAAGGUCACAAAGGACCCGGGCGUGGGGAUGGACAGAGACUCCCACCUCUUGUACUCAAAACUCCACCUCAGCGUCCUGCAGGUGCUCAUGACACUGCAGCUGCACCUGACCGAGAAGAAUCUGUAUGGGCGCCUGGGGCUGAUCCUCUUCGACCACAUGGUCCCGCUGGUAGAGGAGAUCAACAGGUUGGCGGAUGAACUGAACCCCCUCAACGCCUCCCAGGAGAUUGAGCUCUCGCUGGACCGGCUGGCACAGGCUCUGCAGGUGGCCAUGGCCUCAGGAGCUCUGCUGUGCACGAGAGAUGACCUGAGAACCUUGUGCUCCAGGCUGCCCCAUAAUAAGACUCUGAAUUUCGGGGUCGUUUGCAAGGCCAGCUUCCUGGGGCUUCUGCUUGGAAUUCAGCCUCCUCCAGCUGGUGAUCUCGGGUCCCGUGCAGCAGUCGCCUCACGCCGCGCUCCCCCCGGGGUUCUACCCCCACAUCCACACGCCCCCGCUGGGCUACGGGGCUGUCCCGGCCCACCCCGCCGCCCACCCCGCCCUGCCCACGCACCCCGGGCACACCUUCAUCUCCGGCGUGACCUUUCCCUUCAGGCCCAUCCGCUAGGCUGGCCCGCGUGUGCCUUCUGCGCUCUCGCUGGACGAAGCCUUUCGAGAUGGAAGGGGUGGCCGGACUCCCAGAAGAGAACCUCGGGGAAGGGGUCGGGCAGCCCCUCCCCGCCGGCAGAACUGUCUUGGUGUCACUCCCCGCCGGCAGAACUGUCUUGGUGUCACGGAGUCCAGGUGCUUCCCACCCGGUCGCAUUCUUUGACAUGCAGAUUGGAUGGUGAAGGGAAGAGUCCAGCAGAGAGGCCGAGAGCCUGCUGCGUGCAUUUUUAAAAGAUGCCGAUCCUGGGAGCCUCUGUUCUCUGCGCAUUUCAGACACAGCCUGUGUGGCGAGGAGUGUGACGGCAGGAGCCACGGGUGCAAGCCCGUGUGUCUGGCCUCUUUCCUCGUGAAGACGAUGUGUCCCCGCCAGAAAAAGUGGGCUCCUUCUGCAGCCCCAUGAGCUGAGCCCAGGCAGCGUAGUGACCACAAGCUUAUGUGCAGCACUGCUCAGGGAGGCUGUCAGGAAUUCCCCUCACCUCGGAAAGGAACUUCUCAGUUUUAUUGGGGGUGUCUAAAUUUUCCUUUCAUAUGUUCAAAUAAAUUUUUCUAAACAGUCA